AUGCAUCCGGAGAAUGAGCCAGUCUUGCAUGUCCUUGGUAACGUACUUGGUGCAUUGGGAAGCAGAGAAUCAUUGAAAAUCGCUCGUGAAGUGCUUUUCGAACAAGGACCGGAUUUUCUUGACGAUUAUUUGUUUGGAGCUGCGCAAGCCAUUAGUUAUGAUGAGAAAUGGCAUAAGCAAAUGAUGAUUGUUACCAAAUUCGUCAAUGACAUUAGCAACUGCGAGAAAGACAAAUGCUGGUUGAAAGCUUUACGAGUGCUUCGAAAUCUUCCUAUAAACGCGUAA